AUGACUAUAUUACCGCUAGCAUUGUUGAACAAGUUUGGAAGACGGAAAGCAUCAUUCCAAGUUUUCACUGUGAUAAUGGGCCAAUUCUCAACACGUUUUUGGGAUAUCUAUGGUUCAAUAGAUGAACCGUGGCCCAGGAUUCUCGAAGCUCUUGGAUUGGGAGUGAAAAGUGAUCCGAGAGAUGCAUCAGGAGAAUAUCUCAAUCCUUUGAAUUUGGAUCUGAAUGUGAUUACUGGCACUUAUGGAAAAAGAUGA